AUGCUUGAGCAUGAUAUUGAAAGUGAAGUUGGGAAUGCAAGUGCUGAUGAAGAUGGCGUUAAUAAAGAAGGGAUAGAUGAGAAAAAAGAGAACACACGAAGAACUUAUGAUAUCGGACGUGACGAUUGUGAAGAAGAGGAAGUCAGUGAAGAUCAAAAUACUGAAGCUGGCGAAGAUGUGGCAGAAGAAGAUGAUGAAGAAGGGGAGAUUAAAACUCAGAAACGUGUUCAGCCUAAUAGGACUACUGGACGUAAAUUGUAUGAGUCCGAUGAUGAUAGUGAAAUGAGCGGUUUGGGUGACUAGCCAGCAUGAUUUACGAUUGUGUCCGUUUCUUCUAUACUUCAUGUGAUUGCUUAUUGUACUAUUUUAUUCAUUAUUAAUUGUUUCUAAUAUCAAUUUGUAAGUAGUCCGAAAGAUUUUGCUAAUGUUUUGCUCACAAAACUCCCAAAAGAAACUGUACAUUUUCGUAAAUUUUUCUAAUGAAGGGUUGGUAGUCUUACACAAUGCAAAUAUGUUAAUAACUCUAACCCAAUAGGAAUUUAUAAAAAGUUUAAAUUGCUUCCUCUGUGACUGGCUCACUUCCUAGGGCCCGUUCAGUUCAUUCGCAAUAAAAAAGAUGGAUUCCGCAAUAUUAACGAAGAUUUAUAGCUCAGCACUGAAAUAAAGACGAUACUAUAGUAUUAUCCAUAAAGCGACUAUAUGAAGUAAACGCUGAUGAAUUCACUUAGCCUAUUGGCUGGAUUUUCACAAUGAAGUUUGAUACUAAAUAAAAGAAACUAACUGUUUUUUAAAAUGGUGGGUUGACUACCACUUACUGACUUUUCGACGUAAACUUUGGACAGAAGUGCAACAAUUAAAGUUGCCACACACUAUUUAGCAAACAAAAAGAAAGAAAAACCAAAGGAAUUACAAUGAACGGGAAUGUAGAACUGAAGGAAUAAUCAAAUGAAUAUUUGAUGGAUCUAGAAAAUUAAAAAUAGUGAGUGCAUUUGUACUACUGAGAACAGUUCUGAGUUAUGUCACCAACAGUUUCAAGUUAUUGGUUCUUAGAGUCUUCACGAACCCAGGUAGGUAGUCUAAACCUCCCUAAAGGUUUCAAAGCAACAGCUAAGGGCUUAGUACAUUGAUGU